GACAAUUGAAACUGAUAGAUAAAAAUUUUGUAACUAUUUUCGAACGAUGGAGGUCGUUUGCUCCAAUACAGCUCUUCGUGAUCUUAACAUUUUUAAUACGGCGUACUACCCUACAGAUGUGAUGUUAUACUUCGAGCAACAUCAUAUAUUUGAAAUCAUAUUCGAUCUGAUGAUACUUUUAGACCAAAAUCGCCCUUACGAUAUCCAUGAAUUCAUAGCCAGUAAUUUAAAACAAGUGGCGGAUAAAUAUCGGAAGAUCAACAUCACAGUUGAUUGUCCUCACAACUAUGAAAAAGUUGCAAUGGUAUGCGCUAGAGUUCAUGAUGCUCCAAUAAUUUCAAUGAAGAAUCCUGUUUCGAAAAAACGUAUCAGAAAACUACUCAUACAAUUGAAACGUUUCGGGUUGGACCGAGCCAAUCUGAUAUUUAUCGGCGAUCAAGUAAGCACACAUGAACAACUUAUAACGAAUGAGUUUCACUUGAAUAAAACAAUUAACCUAAUUGAUUUGGUUCAGAACAACCAACUUCUAAACACUAAAACAAUCCUACCAGCCGCUUGCGAUAUGAAAAGCAUGAUAAAACAGUUGAUACAGCACCCUAGCCACCCACAGGUGAAAUAUAUUGAAAGAAUUUUGAUUGUAGGAAGACCUGGAUCAGGAAAACAUCGUCAAGCACAGUUACUGGCUAAUCGCCUCGACCUGAUACUUGUUUCAGCCAGUGAACUUAUCAACACAGCGAGAUGGGACAAAAAUUUGUUCAAAAAAACGUUGGAAAUUGGUCUGGAGGAUAACGUCCAUACAUCGGAGCUCAUGGCAACGAUCGUCCAGAAACGUCUCCUGGAACCGGAUUGUCUUCAGUUUGGCUGGGUACUGGUGGACUUUCCAAACACUGCUGAAGAUGUUGGGAAUUUAAACCACCUGUUGAUACACCCGAAAAAGGUUGUUCGUCUGCACACAAAUGCAAGACUUUGCUGGAAAAGAAAAAUCAACCACAUUAUGAAGCAUUGUGCGCAAGCUGAAGAUGAUAAAAUUCAACUGAAAAGAUCCAUAUUGCAGGCAGAGUUUGAUUUCUUCGAUAUCCAUCAACCAGAGGUUGAUGAGAAACUGAUGCGACAAAAUUGCAUCAUACUGGAUAUAAAUGGCAAUAACACCGUCGAAAGUGUGCAUAGUGACAUUUUGAAGAAACUGCUCAAAGCGUAAAAAUUUAUAUGUUUCCUCAAUCGCGAGUUAAAUAAAU